AUGGUAAUUUAUUUUUUUGUCUUUUUGAUCUCAUUUUUCUUACAGAAUUCGGGUUAUAAUGAAAAAGUGUCAUUUGCUUCAUUGGGUUUGGGACAGUGGUUAUGUAAACAAUUGAAGGAAUUAUCAAUUAAGCAUCCAACGCCAGUUCAGGCUAAUUGCAUUCCUCAGAUUUUAUCGGGAUUGGAUGUUUUGGGGUGUGCGAAAACUGGUACUGGCAAAACUUUGGCUUUUGCUCUACCAAUUUUGCAGCAGCUUGCUGUUGAUCCUUAUGGAAUCUUUGCUUUAUUAUUGACCCCAACUCGAGAAUUGGCAUUUCAAAUCGCUGAACAAUUUGUUGCUCUGGGUGCUCCUAUCAACUGUAAAAUAGCAAUUAUUGUUGGAGGAAGAGACCAAGUUGCUCAAGCACAAGAUUUAAUUAAGCGUCCACAUAUCGUUGUUUCAACUCCUGGACGUCUUGCUGAUCAUAUCAAUAGCGAUACUGAAGGAAUAGCUAAAUUAUUCAAAAAAAUUCAGUUUCUUGUUCUAGACGAAGCAGAUCGUCUUUUAGAUGGGCAAUAUUCUGUAGAGCUAAAGACAAUUUUAUCUUCAUUGCCUAGAAAGCGGCAGACUCUUUUGUUCAGUGCAACAAUCACUUCGGCACUUAGUCAAUUGCAUCAGGUUUCGGUGAAAAAACCAUAUUUCUUUGAAGAUAAAAGCGAGAUAGCAACAGUGGAAAAACUCGAUCAAAAAUAUGUACUUUGUCCCCAAGCGGUGAAAGAUGCUUAUCUUGUGUAUGUCGUUAAAAAUUUUUAUGAAAAUCGGCCUGAAAGUUCUAUUCUUAUAUUUUCACAAACAUGUCGAGAAUGUCAAGCUCUAGCAAUUAUGUUUAAUGGCCUUGGUUUUCAGGUGGGAUCUCUUCAUUCACAAAUAUCUCAAAAAGAUCGAUUAUCGUCGCUCACUCGAUUUCGAUCGCGCAGAAUUCGCAUCCUGAUUUGUACGGACGUUGCAGCAAGGGGACUUGAUAUACCACGUGUCGACCUGGUUGUGAAUCACAAUGUUCCUCGUCUUCCAAAAACAUACGUCCAUCGUGUUGGUCGAUCUGCUCGAGCAGGUCGUUUCGGUGGAGCGAUCACAUUUGUUACUCAAUAUGAUAUUGUUUUGCUGCAAGAGGUUGAGAAACUCGUUGGGAAAAAAUUGGAAAAAUUGAAUGUAAACGAUAAAAAAGUGACGCAAUAUGUAACACAGGUGUUGGUUACGAAACGAGAAGCAGAAAUAAAAUUGGAUAAACAGAAUUUUGGAGAAAAGAAAGCAAUAAACAAACGAAAGGAAUUAAUUCUUUGUGGAUUAGAUCCAGAUGAAGUUGAAAAAGAAAUCAAAGCCCAGCGUGAAAAACGGUAUGUGUUAUCGUGCUGGAUCUUUAUAUUUAUGCCUUAA